GGCACAAAGUUGGAGUUUCCAAUGUGGCUGGAGAAGUAGCCUUGCUUGCAGGAAUAGCUAUGUGGUUUACAAGUUUCUCACGAAUCAGGAGAAAGUUGUUCGAGCUUUUCUUCUAUACACAUCAUCUCUACAUUAUCUUCGUAGUGUUCGUCGUAUUCCAUGUUGGAUUUACCUACUCCUGCAUAUUUCUUCCUGGAUUUUACCUCUUCUUGAUUGACCGUUAUUUGAGGUUCUUACAAUCUCAACAACGCGUGUGCUUGGUUUCUGCACGUAUUUUACCUUGCCAAGCUGUGGAGUUAAACUUCUCUAAAUGUCCAGGUGAUUAAUUAACUUGCUCUAUGGUACAAUGGAAUUUAAUUCACCGAUAGAUGUUGCUGUCACCUUAUGUAUUUCGUUAUUCUGCUUUCAGGACUAAGGUACAAUCCAACGAGUUCAGUUUUCAUAAAUGUUCCUAGUAUAUCAAAGCUGCAGUGGCAUCCAUUUACAGUGACUUCCAACAGUAACAUGGAAGCUGAGAAACUCAGCAUUGUCAUAAAAAAUGAAGGGAAAUGGUCUCAGAAACUGAUUGAGAAGCUCUCAUCAACUACAGCAGAACACCAUUUUCAAGUUUCUCUUGAGGGGCCUUAUGGACCGACUUCAACCCAAUUUUUGAGGUAUCAAACGAGUUGAUUUCUCAAAUGCUCACUCAACUCAUAGUUAUUAUCUCAGAAAGACACUUUUAGUUGAAGAAAAUUGAAAUCAAGAAGAAUGAUGACUUUCUGAGAUAAUGACUAUUAGUUGAGUGACAACCCGGUAAAUCAACCCGGUAUCAACUCCUUUUUGUAUCAACUAUAAAUUAAGGACUCUUUUCUUGUGUGACCUCAAAAUUUUCUUAUUUGAUAUGGCAAAUUGGUUGCAGACAUGAUAUGCUAGUUAUGCUGAGCGGAGGCAGUGGCAUCACUCCUUUUAUAUCUAUCAUCAGAGAGCUGAUUUAUAUUGCUGGUUCAACAAGCUGCAAGAUCCCAAAAGUUCUCCUUGUUGCUGCUUUCAAGAGAUCAGCAGAUCUCGCCAUGCUAGACCUUCUCCUUCCCCUUUCAGAAGCCACGUAUGGUAUUUCGCAACUGCAGCUACAGAUCGAAGCAUAUGUAACAAGAGAGACAGAACCUCUAAAAGACAACCAGAAGUUCCUCAAAACGCUAUGGCUGAAGCCAAAUGCAUUAGACAAACCAGUUUCUGCAGUUUUAGGCCAGAGCAAUUGGCUUUGGCUUGGAGCUAUAAUCACAUCCUCUUUCAUCAUGUUUCUUCUGCUCAUUGGCAUUCUAACCCGAUAUUACAUAUAUCCUGUUGACCAUAAUACCGAGAUGAUAUAUUCAUAUUCAGAAAGAGCAGCUUUCAGUAUGUUGUUUCUAUGUGUGUCCAUAGCUAUAACUGCAUCAGCUGCCUUUGUUAGGAAUAAGAAACAGUACUUUAAGGAAAUGGUGCAGAUUCAGAACAAUGGCAUGACAACACAGAGGACUUCUACAGGUCCGGACUCAUGGCUUGAGAACGCUGAUAUAGAACUGGAAAACCUACCCUUUCAAACGUUUAAUCGAGCAACAAAAAUACACUAUGGUGAAAGGCCUGAUCUAAGAAAGAUUGUUAUGGCGUGUGAAGAACCGAACGUUGGAGUUUUUGUUAGUGGUCCAAGAAGAAUGAAGCAAGAAAUAGCAACGAUUUGUUCAUCCUGUGAGGCCACCAACCUUCAUUUUGAAUCCAUUAGCUUUUGCUGGUAAUACAUGUAGAGUUUACAUGGAUUACUAGUGACAGUUACAAGAACCGCAGAGAAGUUAGCUGGAACUAUUCAGAGUUUAUAGAAGCACCUUCCACAAGUAAUAUUAUAGCAAGGGUAAAUGAAGAAAAUGCAAUGCUUCUUUGUACUCUAAAUUUCAUUGCUCUUGAAUUAAUAGUAUGUUUUAUUGCCCCAUUGCUAGCUUAGCAGUAACAUCAAUUUGAAUUUCAACUUCUCACAAUGCAUUGUAACGAUAAAAUUUCUCUCUUACUUAACCAAUCGGUAGACAUUGGAAUGAUUAUAGAUUUAAGGGAAAAGGCUUAAAUAUGCCAUCAAACUAUUAGAAAUGAUUCAUCUAUGCCACGGACGUCACAAAACAAAUUUAUUCGUGCCAUUAUUUUUUAACGAUCCAGUUUCAUGGUUUUGC